CUUUUCCUUCGCUUCUCUCCAUUUUAGGAUCGAAGGGAAGGCGGCCAACAAUGGCGGUUCCCAGACGCCCCAUCGGCGUGGACGGCGAUGACGACGGUGAUGAGGUGGCGGAGUUCUUCGAAGACGACGGCGAUGUGUUGCCCGACCUUGACCGUGACUCACCGCCACACCUCCGCGCCCUCGCUGACGCCGCCCACCGCGGCGACGUCGAAGCCCUCCGUCUUGCUAUUGAUGGUCAUAGUGGUAGCAUUGAUGAUCCGGUUGAAGAUGGAGACGCACUUUUGCACUUAUCCUGUCUUUACGGCCAUCUUCCUUGUGUACAGCUUCUGCUCCAACGGGGAGCUAACUUAGAGAUCAGAGAUGAGGAGGGGGCCAUCCCUUUGCAUGACGCUAGCGCAGGAGGCUUCACUGAAAUUGUUCAACUUAUAUUAGAUGCGGUUGGUAACCCAGACUCGAUAAACCGCAUGCUUAAUACGGUUGAUGCUGAAGGAGAUACUCCUCUUCAUCAUGCUGCCAGAGGUGAACAUUUAAAUGUUAUCCAGUUAUUGCUUGCCACCGGUGCUUCUCCGAAGAAGACCAACAUCUACGGAAAGAUCCCUGCUGAACUUGCUGAUCCAGGAACAGAAGCUAGAAGAUUUCUUGAAUCUGCUAACGAUGGGUAAUUUAUGUGAAGUUUCUCCUGUUUGCUCAUCAUUGUUUAUGAGCUGCAUUUUGUUCUUAAAAAACACUGUUUUUGAAGCAGACUUUUGUGCAACUUAUAGACUUUUUUGUUCUUUUAUAGAAUUUAGCAUAUGAUUAUGUUGCACAAGAAAUGCCGAGUUAUGAACUAGUCCCCAUGAGUCUUGUUACUUUUGCUGCAAAUGCAGCUCGUCCAUUUUGAUUUUCUUUCUGUGUAGGGUCUAGGGUUCAGGUUUAUGUUCAGUUUUUAAAACCGGGACCUCAAUGUAAGGUUUAAAUUUUCUCCAGCUAAAAAAAUUAUAUAUGUAUUUUAUGA